AUGGACCUGUUCUCCGCCGCCUGCGAGAACUUCGGUUUGGUCAUUAACACGCAGAAGACGGUGGUGAUGCAUCAACCGCCACCCAACACAGCAACUCCUCCCAACGCGCCGCAAAUCAGCGGGAACGGAACCCAACUGCAAGUGGUGGAGAACUUCCCGUAUUUGCGCAGCACCCUCUCCCUUAACGCCAAAAUCGAUGACGAAGUCGAUCGCAGGAUCUCGAAAGCCAGUCAAGCAUUCGGCCGCCUCCGAAGCACAGUUUGGAAUCGUCAUGGUCUACAACUGAGCACGAAGCUGAAGAUGAACAAGGCCGUCAUCCUGUCGACGCUGCUGUACAGAGCGGAGACUUGGACAGUAUACACGAAGCAGGCACGUCGAUUGAACCACUUUCACCUUAGCUGUCUCCGUCGCAUCCUGAAGCUGAACUGGCAGAAUCGCAUCCCCGACACUGAUGUGCUGGAACGGACGGGAAUCCUCAGCAUCUACGCCAUGCUGAGACAAAUACAGCUGCGUUGGAGCGGCCACCUGGUGCGCAUGGACGACGAGCGACUACCCAAACGACUCUUCUACGGAGACGUCGCCACGGGCUCUCGCCGCCAAGGAGGCCAAAUUCGUCGAUACAAGGAUACCCUGAAGUCCUACCUGAAGCGCCUGCAAAUCAACCCGACCAACUGGGAAGAGCUCGCCCUCGACCGACUGACAUGGAGGAGGAAAGUGAAGACAGCCGCUGCGAUCUAUGAGACCAACCUUAUCGCCGCUGCCAAAGUGAAACGCGACGCACGCAAAUCACAGCCACGUCCCGUCAACAACGCCGACGCACAACCGCUUCCAACGUGUCCUCGGUGA